UUGUUUAUAUGUGCCCUGCGAUUGGCUGGCAACCAGUUCAGGGUUUAUCCCGCCUCCUGCCCGAUGAUAGCUGGGAUAGGCUCCAGCACGCCCGCGACCCUAGUGAGGAGAAGCGGCUCAGAAAAUGGAUGGAUUUGUUUAUUUUUUUUGGGUCUUUCUUCCGUCAUCAUCAAAAUUGAAAGAAAUUGGCUUGAAAUAUUUCUUUUUGUGUUUGGUGAACUAAUAUACAAGUGUCACUUUUUGAAACAAAUGAUUGAAAUAAACGAACAGUCCCUCGAUAUUACUUUUUUUUGGCACAUACCUGUAUAAUCACUGCUUUUGCAACGUCUAUCUGGGCACCAGCAUGUCUUUAUUAAUGUUGAGCACGAUUGACUUAGUGAUUGCCUUUCGUAGGGCCCUUUUUUUACCCUUAUACUAAACAAUGUGAACAUGAUGUUGUUUGUUUCUUAAUUAAAGUCAGUAUUUUUUUAAAAGUCUAGCAAUCACAUUUUCUAAGAUGGUUAAACAAACUGCUUUUGAAAACUAGCUCCUCUUUGUUCGCAGCCAUGUUGUUAGUGGAAACGGUGCUCAACAGCUAGAAAUGGACUAUUACUGAAUUUAGGGCUGCAACUAUCCAUCCAUCCAUUUUUCGUAUUGCUUAUCCUCACUAGGGUUGGGGGUGUGCUGGAGCCAGCCAAUCGCAGGGAACACGUACACAAACAACCAUUCGCACUCACAUUUACACUUGCAGACAAUUUAGAUUUUUCAAUUAACCUACCAUGCAUGUUUUUGGGAUGUGGGAGGAAACCGGCGUACCUGCAGAAAACCCACGUAGGCACCUGGAGAACAUGCAAACGCCCCACAGUGUCCCACUACCGGCUGUUUCCCAAGUCUCUGGGACAGGUUAUCUCUAAAUUCUCUGUGCGAGAGCUGCACAUCUCCUUUACACAGGGAUACUGGAGGACCAUGCAGUGGGGGCAGCCUUAUCUGCCGUCUCCCCCUGGAGCUGAGAUUUGGGUCUGGUUCCAGGACUCCGUAACAGAUGUGGAUGGCACAUGGAGUGAGCUGACAAAUGUUUUGUCUGGGAUAUUCUGCGCCUCGUUGAACUUCAUUGACUCCACCAACAGCAUUCAGCCCAGCGCCUCCUUCAAGCCGCUGGGUAUAGGCAACGUGACAGACCACCGCUUCCUCCGCUACGCCACACUUCCACGUGAGAUUGUUUGCACUGAAAAUCUGACACCCUGGAAGAAACUCUUGCCAUGUGGCUCCAAGGCCGGCCUCGCUGUUCUGUUAAAGUCAGAGAAACUCUUCCACAGCAGUUUUCAUUCCCAGGCAGUGCAUAUCCGACCCAUGUGUCAGGACACACACUGCACAACGACCUUGUGGGAGCUGAGACAGACUCUGAACGUCGUCUUUGACCUUCACACUUCCGGACAAGGCAAACGAGAGUGGUCUCUCUUCAAGAUGUUUUCCCGCACCCUGACAGACGCAUGUCCGUUGGCUUCCUCCAGUAAAAUCUACGUUGACGUUUCGGACAGCGAUGAGGGGGAGCAGUUUGAGCUGAGCCCUGCUACUCCUCUGCUCAGCCCGGCAGUGGCGCUCGGGGACAGACGGACCUUUUCUGUCUACGACCUAACACAGGAAACCACCUUUGGCACGAUGCUCUCGUUCAACCUUCUGAUUCGCUGGAAAUCUAAUGAUGGUCACAUGCUGCGCCCUUUGCUCCACGCAGAGCGCUAUGUGGCGGGUUACGGGCUGCAGACUGGAGAGAUCCACACACUGAUGUACAACAACCACCCCUACAGGUCGUUCCCUGUGCUGCUGCUGGACUUGGUACCCUGGUACCUUCGCCUCUACAUCCACACCCUCACCGUCACCAGCAAAGGGAAGGCAAACAGUCCCAGUUAUAUCCACUAUGAGCCGUCCAAGGACCGUGUGAAGUCGCACAUGCUGGAAAUGCUGGUGCAGCUUCCUCCCAACUCUGUCACUGAGGUCACUGUGCAGUUUGAGAGAGCUCUGCUCAAGUGGACCGAGUACACCCCUGACCCCAAUCACGGCUUCUAUGUCGGGUCCUCUGUUGUCAGUUCCCUUGUACCAAGCAUUGUUGCCAUGGAUACAAAUACCACACAAGAACGCCCCCUUUUCAACAGUUUCUUCCCCAGCAAAGAAGAAUCCAGCUUCUUUGUGCGCAUCUAUACAGAACCUCUACUGGUCAACUUGCCCACCCCGGACUUCAGCAUGCCUUACAAUGUCAUCUGCCUGACAUGCACUGUAGUCGCUGUGGGCUAUGGAUCCCUGUUCAACCUGCUCACACGCAAUUUCCAGAUAGAAGAGCCCAGCCCGGGACUGGCCAAACGGAUCGCCAACGUAAUCCGGAAAAUGCGGGGUGUGCCGCCUCUCUGAGACAUGAUGGGAAGCUCCUUCCACACGGUUACUUAAGUUAAAACCACUCGUAGAUAUGCCUCAUUUAGGGGAGAACUGAGAUUUUAUUUUAUUUAUUUCAAAUACAUGUCUCCAGGAUCAUGUUUGGUCGCUUAAGGACAUGCAAACACUCUGAACUGAAAAUGAAUGGAAGACAGCAUCUUUGUAGUUGUCAGGCAUAAGGAAGCAGGUGAGCAGAAUGUUUGAGCUCAGGACUGCUAAACCAUGCUCACAACAGACUAUCUUUGAGCUCUUGUUGACACUUGAGUUUCUGCAAACAUACCCACAAGUCCAAUGUUUCCCAACCUUUAUUUAGCAAAGGCUCACAUUUUACACAUAAAAAAUCUCCACCAAAGAAUGUCACAAAAAUAUAUAUUCACUGAAAUAAUAAUGAUCUUGUCUCGGUUUCCUCACAAAUUUUCUGACUGAUUCAGUGGAAAAUCUGGGCCUGUUUGAACACAAACAUAUUCUUGUUUUACAAAUGGCAACAGGUGGAUUCACAGGUUAAUUGCACCUUUUUCCAAAUAGUGGACAAGCAUUUUAAUUGUUCUGCCCAUGACUACAGUUAAUAUGUCACAUUGAUAGAUGCAUGAACAAAGCUAAAUUAUUUAAAAGGAAAUACAUUUUGGACCAAUUAAGUGGAAGUUGAAUAAUUUCCUGUGGCACAGCUUACGAUCUCACGCCACAGUGGUAGGAAAUCACUGCACUACUGGACUCAAUGAGCACUUCAAUAGUAAGACAAAUCUUUUUGGUCCACAGUGGUUUUCGCCGGAACUGUGCAAUGGAUGCCAUUUUUGCCCAGUCUCUUCCUUAUUGUUGUGUCAUGAACCCUGAGCUUAUUAACUGAGGCAAGGGAGGCCUGCAGUUUUUAGAAGUUGUCCUGAGUUCCUUUGUGGCUUCCUGGAUGAGUCAUUGCUGUUCUCUUGAGGUAAUCGUUAUAGCCCGGCCACUCCUGGGAAGAUUCACCACUUUUCCAUGUUUUCUCCAUGUGAGGAUAAUGGCACUAUCUAUGGUUCGCUGGAAAACUAAAGCUUUCGAAAUGGCUUUUGUAACCCUUUCCAGGCCGAUAGAUAUUUUAUUUCUCAACUGUUUUGGAAUUUCUUUAGAUCGUGUCUUUUUUUUUUUUCAGAUUUUUUUUUUUUAGUUAUUUAUUUUUUCAAUCAAGAGAUUUCUUGAUUGAACAGGUCUGGAGGUAAUCAGGCUUAGAUAUGAUCAGUUAAAAUUAACCAAAAAUUUUAAUUUGCCACAAUUAAUUCAUGAUUCAACUUUUCACACAGGUCCAGGUAACUGAAUUGUUCCUUAAUAAAUACCACCAUUUAAAAACAGCAUUUUAAGUUCACUUGGGUUAUAUUUGUCUAGUUGCAUUUGUUUGAUAAUCUUAAACAUUAAAGCAGGGAAACUAAACAAAAAUAAAAUAACUUAAGAAGAGGGCCAAUACUUUUUCACAACACUAGUUUGCUGCAGCAAAAGGUUCAUGCUUUAUUUGCAGUUACAACCGACCAAUGUUCCUUCAUAGAAAAAUCCCCCAACAACACAACUCCCACCACAGCAUUUUGAUCAUGUUUUCUUUGCAUUGUUGUUGUAUAUGCAUUCUUGAAAAUCAAGGCCUUAAUUAUGAUCGACAACUGGGGCUCUAUACUAACCAAGUUCUUACUUAUUUUUUUGCACUCAUGGUGAUGAUAUUUGAUACUUUUCUUUGGCCAGUCGUGCUACAUGGUAGGUACUGACCGAGUGCCCAUUCGCAGGGUGCGAGCUUAACAGGAAACGGCAUCUUCUCAGGGCUUUAGCUGUACCUUUUUCAAAGCAUACAUGACAAAUGUAUCACUUCACUCAGUGUUUGUUGAGACUUUGGGCUUGUCCCAUAAGGGGUCGCCAUACAGUCUCACUUGCAUGAUGUGUUUGGCAGUUUUUACCCCUGAUGCCCUCCCUGAUGCAACCACAUUGUUUUCUUCAUUCACUCUUCAUAAUUAUAUUAAAUUACUACAUCUUUCA